UUCUAUGCUGACAAGCCCCGCCCCGCCAAACCCAACAAAACAAAUUCAUUUAACAGAAAACCGCGGGGAUUUAACUGAACACUACAAACGUCAAGCAUCGGUCAAAUCGUCAAAUCAAAACUCAGUUUCUCUAGUUCAUCUUCCUUCUCCUGGACAGGAAUUUUUCGAACCAAUGAAUCCCAAAUUAGGGUUACGUUUUAUUCUUCUGCUUUUACUCUGCUACUCAAUCGAAUCAAAGUGCAGAAAAGGCUGCGAUUUGGCUCUAGCCUCCUACUACGUUUGGCAAGACGCAAACCUCACAUUCAUCGCCGAAGUUAUGCAAUCAAGCAUCUUAAAAUCAUCAGAUUUCGACACCAUCCUCCGUUACAAUCCUCAAUUGCCAAGCAAAGACAGCCUCUCAUCCUUCAUCAGGAUCAACAUCCCUUUCCCCUGCGACUGUAUCGAAGGUCAAUUCCUCGGCCACUUCUUCAACUUCAACGUCAGAUCUCAAAACACUUACACUGACGUCGCUGAUACAUACUAUGCGAAAUUGACCACGAUCCCGUCGUUGAUGUACUUUAAUAACUACUCCGAGUUUAAUAUACCCGAUAACGGAAAACUCAAUGUGAGUGUUAAUUGUUCGUGUGGGGAUAGCUCGGUUUCUAAGGAUUACGGCCUGUUUAUGACGUACCCGCUCCAACCCAACGAUACUUUGAAUUCCAUUGCCAAUCAGACCAAUGUUACUCAGGAGUUGCUGCAGCAGUAUAAUGCUGGUUUCAAUUUUAGUCGAGAGACUGGUGUGGUUUAUAUUCCUAUCAAAGAUGCAGAUGGUAGCUACCGGCCCUUGAAGUCGAGAAAGAAGAAGGAGAAGGGAGCAAUAUUGCUGUCGGCAUCUCCACAACUCUCUCCACGAAUUCUUCAUGUAACUGGCUCCAAUAGACCUGUGAAUGCGACUAGGUCUCAAGGUCUUACAGGCAUAACUGUGGACAAAUCUGUGGAAUUCUCUUACGAAGAACUUGCUAAGGCCACUGAUGACUUUAGUCUUGCAAAUAAGAUUGGUGAAGGUGGCUUUGGGACUGUUUACUAUGCAGAACUGAGAGGCGAGAAAGCUGCAAUCAAGAAGAUGGACGUGCAAGAUUCAAAAGAAUUUUUUGCUGAGCUCAAGGUUUUAACACAUGUUCACCACCUGAACCUGGUUCGAUUAAUAGGAUAUUGUGUGGAGGGUUCUCUUUUCGUAGUUUACGAGUACAUUGAAAAUGGAAACUUAAGCCAACAUUUGCGCGGCUCUGGGAAGGAUCCAUUGACAUGGUCUACAAGAGUGCAAAUUGCCCUUGAUUCAGCUAGAGGUCUUGAAUAUAUCCAUGAGCAUACUGUCCCUGUUUAUAUUCAUCGUGAUAUUAAAUCAGCAAACAUACUGAUAGACAAGAACUUCAGGGGAAAGGUUGCAGAUUUUGGAUUAGCAAAACUAACUAAGGUUGGGAGUGCAUCUCUCCUUACACGUCUUGUGGGUACAUUUGGAUACAUGUCGCCAGAAUAUGCUCAAUAUGGUGAUGUUUCUCCAAAAUUAGAUGUUUUUGCAUUUGGAGUUGUCCUCUAUGAACUUAUUUCUGCUAAAGAAGCUAUCGUCAAGGCAAAUGAUUCUAGUGCUGAAUCAAGGGGCCUUAUUGCUUUGUUUGAGAAUGUUCUAAAUCAGCCUGAUCCUGGAGAAGAUCUUCGCAAAUUAGUUGACCCAAGGCUUGGAGAAGACUAUCCACUCGAUUCAGUUCGAAAGGUGGCCCAGCUUGCCGAGGCAUGCACUCAUGAGAAUCCUCAGGUGCGGCCGAGUAUGAGAUCCAUUGUGGUUGCCUUGAUGACUCUUUCAUCAUCGACCGAGGAUUGGGAUGUUGGCUCCUUCUAUGAAAAUAAAGAUCUUGUCAAUCUGAUGUCAGGAAGAUAAAAGGCAAUGCAACGGCAUCACUCAUGUCAAAGCUUGCCUUCCAUGAAGAGCGGACGGUGACAUGACAAACUCCUCUAACAGUGAAGCCCCACGGCCCCCGAAGCAGAGUUUUGGAUUUGAGUUGGGGGAAAGAGAUGGCUUCUUGUUUGCACCUCCCUCAUCUAAUUUGAGUUGUUUUGGUAAAAGGAAGUUGGAAAACUGGCUGGAUUUUCUUUGAUUAAUAUUUUACAAGAAGCCAUAGCUAGCAGAUGUAAGGCUGUAUCAUGGCAGUAAUGUAAGGCGGGAAAAACUUUUUCCUGUACUUCAAUAAUUACGAUUAGGGUAGACUUGGACGUGGCAUACUAUAAAACCCAUCGACACAGUAAUUGAUUCUCUAUAGUCUAUAUACAAUAUACAAGAGAGGAACAGGGAAUAUCAUUGUUUUCCAAA